GUGCGGUUCAUCUCACCUUCGCUACACACACGAGUCAGGUGUGUGGCUGCAGCUCAACUAAUUUUCAUCUCCAUUAACUGCAUGCAGGACAUCCCACAUGGCAUGUGGUGAAAGAAUAUAAAUAAGUGCAGCAGUAUUUACAUUCACCAAAGAUUCUGAUGUCUGGCAUCAAGCUCAGGAUAGGCUACGAUAUUGCAGCAAGAUCUUUAUCCAUGGGUUUGGGGGCUGAUGUCAAUCUGAAGGCGAGCUUCAGCACCAGCUUGUACCAGCCUGAGAACAUUCUUCAGACCCUCAAUGUCUUCAGAAAGAGUGGCACCUUCACAGAUGUUGUCCUGCGGGCAGAGGAACAAGAGUUUCCCUGCCACCGUGCAGUGCUGUGUGCUUCCAGUCAUUACUUCCGCUCCAUGUUUAUGGGCCAGCUGCGUGAGAGUGGGCAGUCUGUGGUGCAGAUGAAUGAAGUUUCCGAAAUAGCCCUAGAGCACUUGCUGAACUUCAUUUAUGAGGGCCAGGUUCAUCUCCAAGAGGAGAAUGUGGAGAUUAUUUUUCGAGCUGCUGACCUGCUGGACGUGCCUGCACUGUCUCAAGCCUGCGUGGACUUCCUGGAGAAGCGCGUGUCUCAUUUAAACUGCCUGGGCCUGAUAGAAUUCGCCAACCACUACUCGCUGCAGCCACUGCUGGAACAGUGCCAGAACCUGCUAUAUCAGGACUUUGACAUUGUAGCAAAGCAGGAUGAGUUCUUGGAGCUGCCAAUGGAGAAAGUGGUGGAGCUUUUGAAUUCUGAAAAACUACAAGUGAAGGAGGAAGUCCUGGUGGAGGCUGCACUGCUAUGGGUGCACCACCAAGGCAGUCAGCGGAAAGCAGCUCUAGGAAAGCUCCUGGAGAGUCUUCGACUGCCUUUGCUUGACCCAGUCUUCUUUACCAACAUGCUAGAGGCUGAUGAACUCAUCCAGGAUUCCCAUGACUGCAGGAAGCUAUUACAGGAGGCCAGACUUUAUCGCACAUAUGGCAGAGAGAUCAGCUCAGAGAGAACCAAACCAAGAAGGCAAUCUGGCUGGGCUGAGGUGAUUGUAGUUAUUGGAGGGUGUGACAAAAAUAGGAUUUCAGUAUAUUCCUCCACUGAGAAACUGGACCCAACAUCAGGGAAAUGGCUCCCUUCAGCGAAUGUGCCAGGAUACAAAUAUGAAUUUGCUGUCUGUGAACUUCACAACGACAUUUAUUUAUCAGGUGGGCAGCUGAACAGCUCACAAGUGUGGCGCUUCAUGGCACAGCUGAAUCAGUGGGUUUCUGUUGGUAGUCUGCUGAAGGGAAGAUGGCGACACAUGAUGGCCUCUCUGUGUGGAAAGCUGUACGCUGUAGGAGGAUUUGAUGGACGGCAAAGGCUGAGCAGCGUGGAAUGUUUCAGUGUGUUUGAGAAUAAGUGGAAGCCUGUGGCUCCUCUGCUGUUGCCUGUCAGUUCUGCUGCUGUGGCCAGCUGCUCUGGAAAGCUUUAUAUAAUUGGUGGAGCUGUGAGUGACGACUGCAACACCAACAUGGUACAGUGUUAUGACCCUGUGAAGAAUCAGUGGAUGUACACGAUGUCCUGUCCUUUCUCUCAGAGGUGCAUGAAUGCAGUGUCUCUAAAUGGCUCUAUCUAUGUAGCCGGAGGGUUGAUGGAUGUGCUGUAUUGUUACACUCCUAAGGGCAACUCAUGGGACAAAGUAGCUGAGCUUCCCAUGAAACUGGAAAAUUGUGGGCUGACUGCUUGUGAUGGGAAGAUAUAUAUAUUGGGUGGCCGGAAUGAAGCUGAAGCUGUGACUGACCACACAUGGGCUUUUGACCCACUGACCAGCCUGCUGACUGAGGAGAUUUCACUAACACACAGACUGACCAACCACGGAUGCGUUACUAUCACACAGCCCAUUUACCACAAAUGAAGGCUUUAUUUCCUUUUUUUUAUUGCAUGGUCAACAACUAUAUUGUUUACUGUACAUGCAUUUAUUAUUUUGUCUCUGCUUUUCAUAACAACGCUCAAAAAGAGUCAUUAAUCCGUUUCAUUUUCUAGCAAAAUAACACUACAAACUGUGAAAAUACCAAACUGUGAAAAUGUGCAUUGAUGAUUUAGAGUAUUUACUAUGCAUUGUAUCUCUCACUGUUGAAAUGCUUUGCUGCUAACUGUCUCUUCUUAUUCUAUGUAAGUUUAUACUUUAUCUUUGUGAAAGCAUUAUAAUUAGGAUCUCUUAUUACUCUAUUUCCAAAUCAGUACAGAUAACCAAUAACAAGAAAUUGUCUCCUACUUUAUAAUGCCUUAAAAUCUACUGAAAUCUCACUGUUGAACUGCACUUUAAAAUAUAUGCUUUCGGAAAGAUACAAUUAAUAAAUAAAUACCACUUUAUUA